CCUUCGAAUGCCUAAAUGAAGGCUUGCCCUCAAUGAACUGAAGCGGAUCUUUUGGGAGAACAACAGCCAAUUGCACAGCUGCGUCGAAGCCGGAAAAUCAUCCCAAAAUGCCGAGCAACGAGGAACUUUCGAACAGGGCCAAGAGUCUUGUGACUGAUGUUCAGUCAAUCACUCAGAGUGCUAAACAGCAUGUCGACGAGUACAAGGCACUUGCUACCAAGACGUACGCCAAUCUGCAGAAGUUUCUGGAGUCAAAGGGAGUAAAAUCGGUGGACGAAUGGCUGGCAAAGGCUCAGAAGGAGCUGACUCCGGAAGAAGCCGCGAAGGUGCAAAAGGCCAUCAAAGAUCUUCAGCCGCCACAGGGCCUGGCUGCCUUGACUGAGCCGGCCGAGAUUGCCAAGUUCAUGGCAGGAUGGUAUAUCAGGGCCAUUCCACUCUUUCAGACGGCGGCUCUAACGGCCCGGUCAUGGUUCAACAAUUAUCUCGCAAUCAACCGCCUUCCAGUGGUUGCUGCUGAUGGGAUCGAACUCACGAGCAUUGCUAGCACCACGGAGCUCGCUGAAGCUGCCACGCUCAUCGAGGGAGAUGAGGUAGCCACCAUGAUGGUUGCUACGGAGGCCGAACUCGGCAGCAUCGUUGCCGGUGAAGCCGCCGUGGCUGCUGAGGUCGCCGGAGUGGCAGCGGCCGAAGCCGCCUGUUCGUGGAACAUAUUCCUUGUCGCUGCCGGCGCUGUGGUCCUUGCCGGUGUAUAUGCGUGGCAGAAACACAGGGAGAGUGAGGACGCAGAGAAGCUCAAAGGUGCGAUUGCCGAAAUUGCGACGGCACGCCUCUAUGCUCUGGCGUCCGAGCAGAGCAUUUUGAAACAGACUGACCAAAAGAGCGUUCUGUUCUCUUUGAACAUGGCCCUCGAGGCCGGCGAAAACGAAGUCGCCACGUUCUUCAAGGAUCAUGCGUUGAAGAUAGCCAAGGAUGCGGCGACCGCUAUCAAUGUCAAUGACUGCUAUAACCAACUCCAUCAGCAGGACGAAAACAACCACGCCAUGACUGAUGCGGAUCCAUCGUAUGAUGACAUGGUCCACCGCCAUGAGGCCAAGCUGCGCGAGGGCGCCCCCAACGUUCAACCCUAGAAUCCGAGAGGUGUUGAAGUGCAAUAAGAGGCAGAGCGUGAGGUAGUAGAGAGGGUGGGUGAGGAAGGGAAGGGAAGGGGAACGGGACGGGAAUGAAGGGCUUGCAGCUUCAGGCACACAAUAGACUCCCAAUCUCCUGCUCUUCCAAUGUCCAUGUCUACUUCAAUCUUCAACAUGAAUUCCGGCAAAGAUCGAGAUUCCUCCAAGACAUAUCCUCAACCCCCCACUUGGGAUUUUGAAGUCUUGGUUCCUGGUCCUCGCAGGGGAAUCCGUUAACGGACGUCGUCAACCAACCCAUGAGCCUCAGCUCGUCCCCCUGAUCCUUCUAUCACGCCCUGGUCUGCCCUGGUCGGGAAGUGGCUGACGGGAA